GUUACCAGGUCCUUUCGUCAAGGGCAGGAUCGGUGACGACGGGUUUCCAGGUCUUCCGGGUCUCUACGGUCAAAAGGGUGACCCGGGUUUCGACGGGCGACCUGGCCUCGAAGGCAGGGCGGGCUCGAAGGGUAAGCAAGGCGAGGAGGGGCUGUCAGGGAUCGACGGGCUGCCCGGCCGGAACGGCUUCAACCCACCCAAAGGCAUUCCCAUUCCGGGCGACAACGGAUGGAAAGGCGCCAAGGGAGACCGCGGCGCCCCCGGCCUCAGAGGGAGAGACGGACAGAUUAUAAGUAAAGACGGGUCGAAGUAUAUUCUCCUGGUUAAGGGAGAUCAGGGAGAUCAGGGUCCCCCCGGCUUCGUAGGAGACGUGGGUAUGCCAGGGGUGCCUGGGCCCCCGGGGGAGCGAGGACCUGACGGACCCCCGGGGCUGUCCAGUCCAGGGCGCCAGGGCCUGAAGGGCUACCCUGGCAGCCCUGGCGACAUGGGGCGCGUGGGGAGAAAAGGCGAACCCGGAUUUAAUGGAGAACCGGGACUGGAGGGUCUCCCCAGGCUUCAAGGGCGAGCUAGGUGAGGACGGGCGUAGCGGUGACUCCGGGCGCAGAGGAGAUCAAGGUCGACCUGGAGCCAAGGGCGUGCCAGGGUUGCCAGGUAUUCUCGGACGAAAGGGCUUUGACGGCCGACCUGGAGCCCCGGGGCGAGACGGGAGCAAGGGCGCCCCAGGUGCUAUGGGCGUCUCGGGCUAUAAG